CUAUGGGUUGGCCAUGGAAGUAGAGCUGCAAAAGAGAAGACGUUUUUUGACAGUCACCUAGCUCCAUUUUACAGAAUCGAACAGCUCAUAAUAGCAACCAAUCCUGAUGCAGAGAGUGGAAAACGUCCAACUAUCAUCACACAAGAAAACAUCUUGUUACUUUUUGAUAUACAAAACAAGGUAGACUCAGUCAAAGCAAAACACUCUGAGUCAAUUGUGUCUCUAGCUGACAUUUGUGUGAAGCCCCUUGGCAAGGAUUGUGCUACUCAAAGUGUUCUUCAGUAUUUCAAGAUGAAUGCUACAUAUUUUGAUGAGUAUGGGGGUAUUGACCACCUUCAGUAUUGUUUUCAGCACUAUACUUCUGCGGAGGAUUGUAUGAGUGCAUUUAAAGCCCCCCUUGAUCCAAGUACUGCUCUUGGUGGCUUUUCUGGUAACAAUUACUCAGAGGCUUCUGCUUUUAUUGUAACGUAUCCUGUGAAUAAUGCAAUUGAUAAAGAAAGCAACGAUACAAAAAGAAACGUAGCCUGGGAGAAGGCAUUCAUCCAGUUAGUGAAGGAUGAAAUCUUGCCAAUGGUUCAAUCGAAGGGUUUGACACUGGCAUUUUCAUCAGAGAGCUCUAUUGAGGAAGAACUUAGACGAGAAACCAAUGCUGAUGUUAUAACUAUAGUGAUAAGUUAUCUUGUAAUGUUUGCCUACAUAUCUUUGACAUUGGGGGAUAGUCCACGCUUCUCUUCAUGUUAUAUAUCAUCUAAGGUGUUGCUUGGCCUUUCUGGCAUUGUUCUUGUCAUGCUCUCUGUUCUUGGAUCAGUUGGUUUUUUCAGUGCCAUAGGAGUAAAAUCUACCCUCAUCAUAUUGGAAGUUAUCCCAUUUCUUGUGUUGGCGGUUGGGGUGGAUAAUAUGUGCAUAUUGGUGCAUGCAGUUAAAAGGCAGUCAUUGGAGUUGCCUUUAGAAGCACGAAUGAGCUAUGCUCUUGUAGAAGUAGGUCCAUCUAUAACACUAGCUAGUCUAGCAGAGGUUUUGGCAUUUGCAGUAGGAAGUUUCAUUCCUAUGCCAGCUUGCCGUGUGUUUUCCAUGUUUUCCGCAUUGGCUGUUCUAUUGGACUUCCUCCUGCAAGUGACUGCUUUUGUUUCCUUAAUGGCCUUUGAUUUUAUGAGAGCAGAAGAUAACAGGAUUGAUUGUUUUCCAUGUAUUAAAGUUUCUGAUUCAAAUUCUGAUCAUGAUAUAGGUAGUCAACAAAGAAAACCUGGUUUGCUGGUUCGAUAUAUGAAGGACGUGCAUGCCCGCAUUUUAAGUAUGUGGGGAGUAAAAGUAGGUGUCAUAUCCGUAUUCGCUGCUAUUGCAAUGGCAAGCAUUGCAUUAUGUGCAAGGAUUGAGCCAGGUUUGGAACAACAAAUUGUUCUUCCUCAGGACUCAUAUCUCCAGGGUUACUUUAGUAACAUAUCUGACUAUCUCAGAAUUGGACCACCAUUGUACUUCGUUGUGAAAAACUACAACUAUAGUUCUGAAUCUGGGCAAACCAACCAAAUAUGCUCUAUCAACCAUUGCAAUUCAAACUCUCUUUUGAACGAGAUUUCAAGAGCAUCUUUAACUCCCGAAUCAAGUUACAUAGCUAAACCAGCUGCAUCUUGGCUUGAUGAUUUUUUGGUUUGGAUAUCCCCAGAAGCUUUUGGCUGCUGUCGUAAAUUUAAUAAUGGGAGUUUUUGCCCAGCUGAUGAUCAGCCUCCUUGUUCAUUCAGCAGUGGAUUAUCUACUUGGGUGGGCAUAUGCAAGGACUGCACAACGUGCUUUCUUCAAUCAGAUUUAGACAAUGGCCGCCCAACAACUGAACAAUUCAAAGAGAAACUCCCGUGGUUCUUGAGUGCAUUACCUUCUAAUGAUUGUGCAAAAGGUGGUAAUGGGGCUUACACUAACAAUGUUGAGCUUAAAGGCUACGAAUCUGGUGUUAUUCAAGCAUCAGCAUUUCGUACAUUUCACACCCCUCUCAACAAGCAAAUUGACUAUGUUAAUUCAAUGAGGGCUGCACGGAGUUUUGCUUCUAGAAUGUCUGAUUCUUUAAAUGUGGAGGUCUUCCCAUAUGCUGUAUUUUAUAUAUUUUUCGAACAAUACCUUGAUAUAUGGAGGACAGCAUUAAUCGAUCUUUCCAUAGCUGUUGGUGCUGUAUUCUUAGCAUGUUUUGCCAUCACAUGCAGUUUUUGGACUUCAGCAAUUAUCUUACUUGUGUUGGUGAUGAUCGUAGUAGAUAUGAUGGGCAUAAUGGCAAUCCUAAAUAUCCAAUUAAAUGCUGUAUCGGUUGUCAACCUUGUAAUGUCAGUGGGUAUUGCUGUUGAGUUCUGUGUGCAUAUUACACAUGCUUUUCUGGUAAGCAGUGGAGAUAGGAAUCAACGCAUGACGGAUGCAUUGACCUCUAUGGGAGCCUCUGUAUUUAGUGGUAUCACUCUUACGAAGCUUGUUGGAGUGAUUGUUUUGUGUUUUUCACGCUCAGAAAUUUUUGUGGUUUACUAUUUCCAAAUGUACCUGGCCUUGGUUUUUCUUGGUUUCCUUCAUGGCCUCGUCUUUCUACCCGUGGUGCUGAGCAUGGUUGGUCCACCGUCAAGGUCUGUGCAAAUCGAGAAACAAGAAAGUCCUGAACCUUCUACAACACACCCCCACUUCUAAACUACUACCAUAGUACCAUAUAUACAUAAUUAUGUAGCUUGUGAGCGCUACUAUGGAAUUUAAUUAAUGCUAAAUGAAAUAUUCUUAGAGGCGUUGCACUUGGGAAUUGCUCUACUUAGGUUGUGAAUGUAUAAAUAAUACAUGUACAUGGAAUUGCACUUAAAUAAGAGUUGUCUGUGUAGGGUGUUUAGAGUGAUAGAGAAAUCAUUGGCCAAAACUAUUAAUUUCGCCUUGCUUUUAACCAAUCGUGGAAAUAAAUGUAAUUUUUAUGAUUGGGCGUUUGGUUAAUUUCUGUAAUUGGUAAGAAUGUUGUUAAUCAUAUCAAACUUUCGUUUCACUGCAAUUGUUGAUAUA